AUGUUCGGUCGAUCUUUGACGGCGGCAUUGCUGACCGCGACACUGUUCCUGGGUGGUGGAGAAGCAAGACAGUUGGCUGCUCGAGGCUCUCCUCGCCCACAGCGUACACUUCAUGCUCAUGGUUCUGAGCCGUUGGAUACCUCGAAUUAUCGUUUCCUCACCAACAAAACCAAACCUCAUGUGGUAGAGAGCCUGCCAGAUGUCCACUAUGAACUGGGAGAGAUGUACUCUGGCUAUAUGCCGGUCCGCGAUAAUGCGUCCUUGUUCUACAUCUUCCAACCGAAGAUCGGAGAGCCAACUAACGACCUGACAGUGUGGUUUAGUGGUGGGCCGGGAUGUAGUUCUAUGCAGGGAUUCUUCCAGGAGAACGGUCGUUUCGUAUGGGUUCCUGGCACCUAUGAACCGGUCGUGAAUCAGUACUCAUGGGUCAACUUGACCAACAUGUUAUGGAUUGAUCAACCAGUUGGAGUGGGAUACUCCAACGGCACACCAACUGCUACCAGCGAAGAAGAUAUCUCUGUUGAUUUCAUUCAAUUCAUGAAAGCCUUCCAAGAAGAAUAUGAGAUUGAGAACUUCCGGAUUUUCCUAACUGGUGAAAGUUAUGCCGGCCGAUAUGUGCCCUACAUGUCUGCCGCCAUGCUUGACCAGAAUGAUACGAAACACUUCAACAUCAGUGGAGCUCUGAUGUACGAGCCAUGCAUCGGCCAGUGGGAUUACAUCCAGGCCGAACUCCCCGCAUAUCCCUUCGUUGAAAAGAACGCCGAUCUGUUCAACUUCAACCAAUCCUUCAUGGCAGAUCUCAAGGACACCUACGAACAAUGCGGCUUCAAGGACUAUAACGACGAAUAUCUCACCUUCCCAGCCUCUGGAAUCCAACCUCCCAAACUCAUGAACUACUCCGAGUGCGACAUCUACAACAUGAUCUACAACGAAGCCUACAACCCAAACCCAUGCUGGAAUCCUUCAAAUGUCGCCCAGACAUGUCCACUCCUAUGGGACGUCCUGGGUUUCCCCACAGACCUAGCCUACCAACCCGGUCCCACAAACUACUUCAACCGCACAGACGUCAAAAAAGCCCUCCACAUCCCACCAGAUAUCAACUGGGAACUCUGCAGUCUCGAAAGCGUCUUCGUCAGCCCAGACCCAGGCCCCGAACAAGCAUUCGACAUUUCCGCAAAUCCAACAGAACACAUUCUCCCCCGCGUCAUCGAAGCCACGAACCGUGUUCUGGUCUCCAACGGAGCCUGGGAUUACCUGAUCAUCACGAAUGGAACACUCGUCGCGAUUCAGAAUAUGACCUGGAACGGGCAGCUGGGAUUCCAAUCUCGUCCGCAUACACCUAUUACUAUUGAGAUGCCGGACUUGCAGUAUGCGGCUGUCUUUGAUGCCCAGGUCGACUAUGGUGAGCUUGAUGGUCCGCAGGGAGUGAUGGGUGUUCAGCAUUAUGAGCGUGGUCUUAUGUUUGCGGAAACUUAUCAGGCUGGACAUCGGCAGUCGCAGGAUCAGGGCCGUGUGUCGUAUCGGCAUGUGCAAUGGAUGUUGGGCGAUGAUGAGAAGCUGUGA